AUGAGUAGCUUCUCCACCUUGGACGUGAGUUCAGCUCAAUGGCUUUCUGUCACGAAGGUGACGCCGCCGUUCUGCUUUCCGUCGCGGCGAGUGAAAAGGUCCUUCCGGCUGGGUGAAAUCGAGCACUUGCCCGUAGGCGAGCUGCUCAGCGAGCUUGGGCGAGGGGCACGAGAGGUGAGCUUCCCACGCGUGGUGAACCAUGGUCACCGCGACGGCGUGGUGAACUGCGUCAUCAGCAAUUGCGUCAUCAACCUCUCUCCGGACAAGCCACAGGUCUACCGCGAGAUGAACCGGGUGUUGGUUCCUGGGGGGCGUGUUUCCAUCUCAGACGUCCUCCGGAUGAGCGACAUCCCCACAGAGCUUAAGACGGCCCAAAGCUACAGUUGCUGA